UUCGACAAGGCUCUAUACGAGGCGGAAGUCGACGAAAAUGAGGAUAUCCAACACACCGUCCUCACUGUCACCGCCAAAGAUCACGAUGAAUCCUCUCGUAUUCGAUACGAGAUCACAAGCGGUAACAUAGGUGGCGCUUUUGCCGUCAAAAACAUGACAGGAGCCAUCUACGUAGCCGGAGCACUGGACUACGAGACCAGGAAGAGGUACGAGCUAACCCUGGUAGCAUCAGACAGCUUGAAUGAGAAUCACACCACUAUAGUAAUCUACGUGAGGGACGUGAACGACCUGCCGCCGAGGUUCAAUUGUUCCGUGUAUACUAGGGAGAUCGACGAGGAGUUUCCAGCACCGUAUCCUCUGAGGCUUAUGCAGGUGACGGCGACGGAUGGCGACAAAGACAGGCCGCAGAACAUCGUCUACUUCCUGACCGGACAGGGGAUUGAUCCUGACAAUCCGGCCAACAGCAAGUUCGACAUAAACAGGACCACGGGGGAGAUAUUCGUGCUCAAGCCCCUGGAUCGAGACCAGCCCAACGGCAGGCCACAAUGGCGAUUCACCGUAUUCGCGCAGGACGAGGGCGGCGAGGGGUUGGUGGGUUACGCCGACGUCCAGGUCAACCUCAAGGACAUCAACGACAACGCCCCCAUCUUCCCCCAGGGCGUCUACUUCGGAAACGUGACGGAAAACGGCACCGCCGGCAUGGUCGUUAUGACGAUGACGGCCGUUGACUACGACGAUCCCUCCGAGGGCACCAACGCCCGCCUGGUGUACUCCAUAGAGAAGAACGUCAUAGAGGAGGAGACCGGAUCGCCGAUUUUCGAAAUCGAAUCGGAAACGGGAGUAAUAAAAACCGCGGUGUGCUGUUUAGAUAGGGAGCGGACUCCUGACUAUUCCAUUCAGGUGGUUGCGAUGGACGGUGGGGGCCUGAAAGGCACGGGGACGGCCUCGAUACGCGUGAAGGACAUCAACGACAUGCCUCCGCAGUUCACGAAGGACGAGUGGAACACCGAAGUCGACGAGACGGACGGCACCUCGCUGCCGGAGAUGCCCAUCCUCACGGUUACGGUGCACGACGAGGACGAGACGAACAAGUUCCAGUACAAGGUGAUCGAGAACAGCGGUUACGGUGCCGAUAAGUUCACGAUGGUCCGAAACAACGACGGGACGGGUUCGUUAAAGAUCGUGCAACCGCUGGACUACGAGGACUUGCUCCAAAGCAACGGGUUCAGGUUCAGGAUCCAGGUGAACGACAAAGGUGAGGACAACGACAACGACAAGUAUCACGUGGCCUACUCCUGGGUCGUCGUAAGGCUCAGGGACAUCAACGACAACAAGCCUCAGUUCGAGCGGCCCAACAUCGAGGUGUCGGUGUUCGAGAACGCCGAGGUGGGCAAGAGCUUGGAAACCUUCAAAGCCACCGAUCCCGACCAGGGCGGGAAGAGCAAAGUUUCCUAUGCCAUAGACAGGAGUUCGGACAGAAAACGCCAGUUUUCCAUCAACCAAGAGGGCACGGUCAGCAUCCAGCGCUCGUUGGACAGGGAAGAUACUCCGCGUCACCAGGUUAAGAUCCUCGCCAUCGACGACGGCAUCCCUCCGAAGACAGCCACUGCCACGCUCACUGUGAUCGUACAAGACAUCAACGAUAACGCUCCCACUUUCCUGAAAGAUUACAGACCGGUGGUUCCUGAACACGUUCCUCCUCGCAAAGUGGUCGAACUACUAGCCACGGACGAUGAUGACAGAUCCAAGAGCAACGGGCCACCGUUCCAGUUCAGACUCGACCCCAGCGCCAGCGACAUCGUCAGGGCUUCAUUCAAGGUGGAACAAGACCAAAAGGGAGCGAACGGAGACGGAAUGGCCAUCAUAACGUCCCUCAGAUCCUUCGACAGAGAACAGCAGAAAGAAUACUACAUCCCCAUCGUGAUAAAGGACCACGGCAACCCAGCCAUGACGGGCACCAGCACGCUGACGGUGGUGAUAGGCGACGUGAACGACAACAAAAUGCAACCCGGCUCCAAGGAGAUAUUCGUAUACAAUUACCAAGGCCAAGCGCCGGAGACGGAAAUUGGCCGCGUGUACGUAUACGAUCUAGACGACUGGGACCUGCCCGAUAAAAAAUUCUACUGGGAGGGCGCCGAACACCCGCGCUUCAAACUAAACGAAGAAACGGGCAUGAUCUCGAUGAAACACGGCACCAGGGACGGAACGUACCACUUGAGAUUCAAAGUGUACGACAGGAAGCACACCCAAACCGACGUGCCGGCUAAUGUAACGGUCACAGUCAAGGAAAUCCCACACGAAGCCGUCGUCAACUCCGGCUCGGUGAGGAUCGCCGACAUCACGGACGAGGAAUUCAUCCGCAUCUGGGACUACCACUCGCAGAGCCUGUCAAAGAGCAUGGCGGAGAAAUUCAGGGAUAAGAUAGCCGACCUGCUGAACAUCGAUCGCGAGAACGUGGACGUGUUCAGCGUGCAGCUGAGGAGGAAGCAUCCCCCUGUAACGGACGUGAGGUUCGCCGCACACGGAUCCCCCUACUACAAACCCGUCAGGCUCAACGGAAUAGUGCUGAUGCACAGGGAGGAGAUAGAGAGGGCCGUAGGUAUCAACAUUACCAUGGUGGGGAUUGACGAGUGCCUGUACGAGAAUCAGAUGUGCGAGGGUUCAUGUACAAACACUCUAGAUAUAAGUGCCUUGCCCUACAUGGUAAACGCAAAUAAAACUGCUUUGGUGGGCGUCAGGGUCGAUGUAUUGGCAGAGUGUACGUGCGGCGCUAGGAACUUCAGCAAGGAGGAGAACUGCCGCAACACCCCUUGCUACAACGGGGGCAGGUGCAUAGAGACGCGAUACUCACUGAGCUGCUCGUGCCCGGCGGGCUACAACGGGCCCCGAUGCCAGCAAACAUCCCGCGGUUUCCGGGGGAAUGGAUGGGCAUGGUAUCCCGCCCUGGAAAUGUGCGACAAAUCCCACUUGCACUUUGAAUUCAUAACGAGGAAGGCCGACGGUUUGUUGCUAUACAACGGACCGAUUGUACCUCCAGAAAAAGACGAAAUUAUGGUUUCCGAUUACAUAGCCGUGGAAUUGGAACGAGGAUAUCCCCGACUCCUCUUAGAUUUCGGCUCGGGAACGCUGGAAUUGCGAGUGAAAACCAAAAAGACAUUAGACGACGGAGAAUGGCACAGACUCGACAUUUUCUGGGACACGGAGAACGUCAGGAUGGUGGUGGAUUAUUGCAAAUCGGCGGAUAUAUCUGAAAUGGAAGACGGAACGCCUCCCGAGUUCGACGACAGCAGCUGCCAGGCUCAAGGAACGAUUCCGCCUUUCAACGAGUACCUCAACGUCAACGCCCCGCUCCAACUGGGCGGUUUGUACGUGGAACAGUUCGAUCCCACGCAUUACCACUGGCAGUACAUGCCGGUGGGUAAAUCCUUCGACGGAUGCAUCAGGAAUCUCUUCCACAACUCUAAACUUUACGACUUGGCGCAUCCGGGACUUUCCAGGCACAGCGUCCCGGGUUGUCCGCAAACGGAAGAGGUAUGUGGACGCUCCGACGCUACCUCCAGGUGUUGGGAACACGGCACGUGCAGCGGAAGCUUUAACGAAGCCAAAUGCCAAUGCAGGCCUGGAUUCACAGGACCCGCCUGCACAAUCCCUACCAUACCCACAUCUUUCAAACCCCAGUCUUACGUCAAAUACGCUCUGAGCUUCGAACCGGACCGCUUCUCCACCCAAAUCCAACUCAGAUUCAGGACGAGGGAAGAACACGGAGAACUAUUCCGCGUAUCCGACCAGCACAACCGCGAAUACGCCAUCCUUGAAAUCAAGGACUCCAGACUGUACUUCAGGUACAACUUGAAUUCCCUGCGUACCGAAGAGAAGGACAUCUGGCUGAGCGCGGUUCCAGUAGAUGACGGACAGUGGCAUGUGGCAAGAGUGAGCAGGUACGGUUCCGCAGCCACUCUGGAGCUGGACGGGGGCGAAGGGAGACGCUACAACGAGACCUUCAACUUCGCCGGCCACCAGUGGCUGCUUGUUGACAAACAAGAGGGCGUCUACGCGGGAGGAAAGGCAGAAUACACCGGCGUGAGGACCUUCGAAGUGUAUGCGGACUAUCAAAAAGGAUGCUUGGACGAUAUACGGUUGGAAGGCAAACACUUACCUCUACCGCCGGCCAUGAAUGGAACUCAAUGGGGACAAGCGACCAUGGCGCGAAAUCUAGAGAGGAACUGUCCCUCGAACAAACCCUGCGCGAACGUUAUAUGCCCGGAGCCCUUCGAAUGCGUAGACCUUUGGAACGAUUACGAGUGCACUUGCGGAGAGGGGCGCGUCAUGUCGCCCGACAGCAAGGACUGCAUGGACAAGGACGAGUGUCUGGACUUGCCUUGCCUCAACGGCGGCACGUGCCAGAACCUGGAGCCGCGGCUGCGGUACCGCUGCAUCUGCCCGGACGGAUAUUGGGGGGAGAACUGCGAGCUCAUUCAGGAGGGGCAGACGCUCAAGCUCAGCAUGGGGGCCUUGGCGGCCAUCUUAGUCUGCCUGUUGAUCAUAUUGAUUCUGGUAUUAGUAUUCGUGGUGUACAACAGACGCAGGGAAGCCCACAUCAAGUAUCCCGGCCCUGACGACGACGUCCGCGAGAACAUCAUCAACUACGACGACGAGGGAGGCGGCGAAGAUGACAUGACGGCCUUCGAUAUCACCCCCCUGCAAAUUCCCAUCGGGGGACCAAUACCGGAACUCGCCCCACCCAAGCUAGGAUUUUCAGUACUGGGUGUAGGACAGGAACCAAACGUAGGCAUUUUCAUUGAGGAGCACAAGAAACGGGCAGACAGCGACCCGAAUGCGCCACCUUUCGACGAUCUGAGGAACUACGCCUACGAGGGAGGCGGCAGCACAGCCGGGUCUUUGAGUUCACUUGCAUCAGGAACAGACGAUGAAGCUCAGGAGUACGACUAUCUGGGAGCCUGGGGCCCCCGUUUUGACAAGCUCGCAGACAUGUACGGACCAGGAGAAGAGACUGAACAGGAAGAAGAAUAAGUGUCAACCCCCUAGUGAAAGACAUUCCUCCAUCUAAACAAUGCUUUUCACGUGUUCUGCGUGUCCAAUAAGACUGUCUCCGCAGUUGUACUGCAAAUAUAAAUAAUUGUAGAAAAUUUUUACAGGCGCAUUUCUUAGAAAAUGCCACAUAAACGAAUCGAGAGAGCCACUUACAACCAAAGUCAAUUAACGAUUCAAAUUAUGGUUAAAAAUGGACUUAAAUAAUUAUUGUAUAGUUACUAAGUAGUAAAAUGUUGUUACUUAUUUAUAUUUAAGUGUCUGACUGAUGAUAUGUUGUCGAACUUGUUGAUGGGCUUUAGUUGCAAGUCGGUGUCUUGAUUGAUAUUUGUAUCUAUUAUAUUGUUUAUAUCCACUGCCACUUUCGAAUGUACUAACUUUGCAUGAACUCAUCUUACAAAAAUUUGUAGUAUAAUUUGGUUUAUGUGGAGUUUUCACGAUGUGCCGUAAUGUUGCAUAUGUUUUAUUUGUAAAGCACAGAAGAAAUACCAUAUUGCCCUGUACCGAAGAGCCAGUAUUCCUACAACAUUAUACUUGUAGGCAGUCACUACAUUCUAGGUCAAAUUACAGGUUUAGAAUAGAUUCACUGUAUGAAUGGCGGGGAGAAUGCGAGAAGUGUGGGGUAAUGCGUGUUGACUGUAUAUAGAGCAAUCGAUUUCACAUCGUUUUUAUAUAGCACUCGUAUACCAUGUUGCCAUAAGUUAUAUUAUUGGACUUUUAUAAUGAUUUACCAGCUCACUUAGAUUUUUUGUGUUGUAGGUAUGUAUAUAUAGUUCGGGAGUAAAUGGGAGGGUGUACGUCGGAGAGUCAGUGCCAAUUAUAACAAAUAUAUGUAAUAAAACAUGAAUGCUGUGUACUAAUAAUUAUGAUAUUAUGUGUUUGCACUUGUGUAUUAUUUGAAAUGUAUACUUAAUAUUCUUAUGACAUCGCACCAUACUGAAUAACACUCCGCGAUCAUUUGCCAUAAUUCAUCCAUUUUCACUCAUUUAUAUAUCUUGUAUCUUAGUUUUAAUCGAGUGGUUUUCUAGUGAUUUUGUUUAUGAGUUCUUUGUCAUAAGGAAUUCGUAGGAAGAUUUAUGUACCUUUUUUGUACAAGAAAAUUUGAUUUGAUAUUUUAUUUAAAUAAAGUUCUA